AUGGCCCUGGAAAAUCACACCACCGUCACUGAGUUCAUCCUGCUUGGACUGUCUUCUGAUCCCAACAUUCAGGUUCUCCUCUUUGUCUUGUUCCUGGUGAUUUACAUCCAGACACUUGUGGGGAACCUGGUGCUGCUGCUGGUGAUCGGUGCUGAUUCUCAUCUCCAAACACCCAUGUACUUCUUCCUGAGUCACCUCUCUUUUCUGGACCUUUGUUUCUCCUCAGCCACAGUGCCCAAAAUGCUGGAGAAUCUCCUGUCUCCGACGAAAACCAUUUCUGUCAGGGGCUGCCUGGCUCAAGUCUUCUUUGUAUUUGACACUGGGGGUACUGAAGCAGCCUUGCUCUCAGUGAUGGCCUAUGAUCGCUAUGUCGCCAUCUGCCACCCUCUGCUCUACGACCAGAAAAUGAGCCACAGCCUCUGCCAAGGGUUAGCUUUGGGGGCCUGGAGCCUAGGGUUUUUUGAUGCACUCCUCAAUAUCCUUCUAGCAGUGACUUUGGACUUCUGUGGGGAUCGGUCCAUUCCACACUACAGCUGUGAGUUGCCCUCUCUCUUCCCUCUGUCCUGCUCUGAUGUCUCCAUUAAUUUUGCAGUUCUGCUCUUUUCUGGCCUCUUUCAUGGACUUGUUACAUGUUUCCUGAUAAUUUUUUCAUACACUCUCAUUAUCUCCACCAUAUUCAACAUCAGCUCUUCCUCGGGUAGAGGCAAGACGUUCUCUACCUGCUCUUCCCACCUCACUGCGGUGGUUUUAUUUUAUGGAUCAGCAUUCCUUCGCUAUUUCCUGCCAACCUCAGGCUCUCCACUGGAGAUGAUCACCUCUGUGCAAUACAGUGUGGUCACCCCCUUAGUGAAUCCCCUCAUCUACAGUCUGAAAAACAAGGAAGUGAAAUCAGGUGUGAGAAGGACCUUUAAAAAGUAUUCACAAUAUUUUAAGUAG